GUCUGGAUUCUUUGCAAGCUAGGGAGAGACAAGGCUGGACAAGAAUUCAGCCAUAUUCUACUUCGUACCGAGCCACACCGGCUUCCACUGUGGAGCCUGGCAAGAAAAAGGGAUUCACAUUAGAAAAGACAGCCACUCCCUAAAUUCGUGGACAUAACUCUUCUUUGAGGAGCGCUGAAUACCAUUUAUUUGGCAUGCGAUCGAGUUGAUAAUCCGAACGAGAGAAUGGACGACCGCCGGUCAACCUGAGUGAGAUUCGACGGGGGGAAAGCCCGACAUCCCAUUUUCUGAGUGGAAAGUACAGAUUUAUCGGGAUUAUAGCAAAUGGGACCAACAAGGCCUCGAGUCGGAUAGAUUUUAACAUCGUGGCAAUUCAUAAAAACAAUUCGCAACUGUGAUACGUGAUUAUAAAAAAUGUCGUGCUUAUUUUUUUAGCUGGCUAGGCUAGCCUACCUACACGGCUAGCUAGCAAGUUGGGAGCAGAGCUCCGCAUUGGUCAAAUAAAUACUUUUUGGGGUGAGCUUUAAGAAGACUAGGUUGCGUUCUUGUCCUAUAGCUACCAAUUCGGUGGAGCUAUUCUUUAGCGGAGGGAGUGGUAGCUAUCCGUUUAAUUAAUAGAAAAUGUCAGCGAAGGUGCGCCUGAAGAAGUUGGAGCAGUUGCUCUUGGACGGGACCCAAAAGAAUGCAAGUUCACUGAGCGUCGAGACCCUUCUGGAUAUAUUGAUAUGCUUGUACAACGAAUGCAGCAACUCUCCUUUGAAACGGGAGAAGCAUGUGACAGAUUUUCUGGAAUGGGUGAAGCCGUUCACCACCACUGUGAAGGAGAUGCGUCUUCACAGAGACGACUUCGAGAUGCUCAAGGUGAUUGGCCGAGGAGCAUUCGGAGAGGUGGCCGUGGUGAAGAUGAAGAACACAGAACGAGUGUACGCCAUGAAGAUCCUGAACAAGUGGGAGAUGCUCAAGAGAGCCGAGACGGCGUGCUUCCGCGAGGAGAGGAACGUGCUGGUGAACGGAGACUGCCAGUGGAUCACCACCCUGCAUUACGCCUUCCAGGACGACAACUACCUGUACCUGGUGAUGGACUACUACGUGGGCGGUGACCUCUUGACGUUGCUGAGCAAGUUCGAGGACCGCCUGCCGGAGGACAUGUCCAAGUUCUACGUCGCAGAGAUGGUGCUGGCCAUCCACUCCAUCCACCAGCAGCACUACGUCCACAGAGAUAUCAAGCCAGACAACGUGCUGCUGGACAUGAACGGCCACAUCCGCCUGGCUGACUUUGGCUCCUGUCUGAAGAUGAUGCAGGAUGGCACGGUCCAGUCUUCAGUAGCUGUCGGCACUCCGGACUACAUUUCCCCUGAGAUCUUGCAGGCUAUGGAGGACGGCAUGGGGAAGUAUGGCCCAGAGUGCGACUGGUGGUCCCUGGGGGUGUGCAUGUACGAGAUGCUCUAUGGCGAGACCCCGUUUUACGCCGAGUCCCUGGUGGAGACCUACGGCAAGAUCAUGAACCACGAGGAGCGCUUCCAGUUUCCCUCCCACAUCAGCGACGUGUCGGAGGACGCCAAGGACCUGAUCCAGCGGCUCAUCUGCUCGCGCGAGCGCCGCCUCGGCCAGAACGGCAUCGGCGACUUCAAGGACCACCCGUUCUUCACCGGCAUCGCCUGGGAACACAUCCGCUCCACCGAGGCCCCUUACAUCCCCGACGUCAGCUCGCCGUCCGACACGUCCAACUUCGAUGUGGACGACGAUGUGCUGAAGAACCCGGACAUCGCCCCUCAGGUGUCCCACACCGGCUUCACGGGCCAGCACCUGCCAUUUGUUGGCUUCACCUACACCACAGACAGCUGCUUCUCUGACCGCGGCAGCGUGGGCCGCGAGGUGCUGCCCGACGGGGGGUCCGUGGAGGGGGGCGGUGGGGGAGGAGAGGAGGUGGAGGCCUUUGAGAGCAGGAUCCGCCGGCUGGAGCAGGAGAAGCAGGAGCUGAACCGCAAGCUGCAGGAGUCCACCCUGGCGCUCCACGCCCCGGGUCGCGGAGCCGGCACUCUAGGUCGAGACAAGGAGAUGAAGAAGCUCAACGAGGAGAUUGACAGGCUCAAAAAGAAACUAUCAGACUCUGAUAGGCUGGAGCAGCAGCUGGAGGAGGCGGUCACACUGCGGCAGGACUACGAGAGCUCCUCCUCCAAGCUGAAGGCCCUGGACAAGCAGGUGAAAGCCCUCAGGCAGGAGAAGGAGGACAUCCACAAGCAACUGGUGGAGUCCCUGGAGCGCCUCAAGUCCCAGACCAAGGAGCUGAAGGAGGCCCACUCCCAGAGGAAGCUGGCCCUGCACGAGUUCUCGGAGCUGAGCGAGCGCAUGGCAGAGCUGCGCUCCACCAAGCAGCGCCUCUCCCGGCAGCUCCGCGACAAGGAGGAGGAGAUGGAGGCGGCCGUGCAGAAGGUGGACGCCGUGCGCCAGGACAUCCGCAAGACCGAGAAGGCCCGCAAGGAGCUGGAGGCCCAGUUGGAAGAUGCCAAGGCGGAGGCGUCAAAGGAGAGGAAGCUCCGGGAGCACAGCGAGGUCUACUCCAAACAGCUGGAGACAGAGCUGGAGACCCUCAAGAUGAAGCAGGGCAGCGGGCGCAGCGGGAGCGGGAGCCCCGAGUCCCAGCAGGAGCUCUCCAAGGUGAAGUCGGAGCUGGACAAGAAGGUGCUGUUCUACGAGGAGGAGCUGGUCCGCCGCGAGGCCUCGCACACCAGCGAGCUGAAGAGCCUGCGGAAGGAGCUUCACGACUCCGAGGGCCAGCAGCUCUCCCUCCACAAGGAGCUGCUCAUGCUCAAGGACAAGCUGGAGAAGGCCAAGAGGGAGAGGCAAACCGAGAUGGACGAGUCAGUGGGCGCGCUAAAGGAGAAGUACGAGCGCGAGCGCAGCAUGCUGAGCGAGGACAACCGCAAACUGACCGCCGAGACAGACAGGCUGUGCACGUUUGUGGACAAGCUAUCCGCUCAGAACCGUCAGCUGGAGGACGAGCUGCAGGACCUGGCCUCUAAGAAGGAGAGCGUGGCCCACUGGGAGGCCCAGAUCGCUGAGAUCAUCCAGUGGGUGAGCGACGAGAAGGAUGCUCGUGGAUAUCUGCAGGCCUUGGCCUCCAAGAUGACCGAGGAGCUCGAGUCUCUCCGUAGCUCCAGCCUGGGCUCCAGACCCCUGGACCCGCUGUGGAAGGUCCGCCGCAGCCAGAAGCUGGACAUGUCGGCUCGCUUGGAGCUGCAGUCCGCCCUGGACGCAGAGAUCCGGGCCAAGCAGCUGGUGCAGGAGGAGCUGCGCAAGGUCAAGGCGGCCAACAUCUCCUUCGAGAGCAAACUGAAGGACUCGGAGGCCAGGAGCAGGGAUAUGGCCGAGAAGAUGGAGAGCAUGAAGAAGGAGUUGGAGGAAAGCCGCACACGCUCAGACAAAGGUCUCAAACUGCCCGAUUUCCAGGACUCAAUUUUCGAGUACUUCAACACCUCUCCACUCGCCCACGACCUGACGUUCAGAGACUCGGUCUCGUCCUCAUCCGCCUCGUCUCUGCUAGCGUUUUGGGAUGAAACCAGCUCGAUCAGCGAGGUGGACGCCACGCCCCACAAGUCAGACGCGCCGUCCUCGUCACCCUCCGUGGCCUCCGAGCAGGAUGAGCCAGUCAAAACCCCUGCUGCUACCCCAACCACCCCCUCUCCAGUGUACCCGACAUCGCUGCUGACCACACCAAAGCCCAAAGCUCACCAGCUGAGCAUCAAGACCUUCUCCAGCCCCACCCAGUGCACUCACUGCACCUCCCUGAUGGUGGGUCUCAUCCGCCAGGGCUACGCCUGCGAAGUGUGCUCCUUCAUCUGCCACGUCUCCUGCAAGGACAACGCCCCCCUGGUGUGUCCCAUCCCCCCCGAGCAGGCCAAGAGGCCCCUGGGCAUCGACGUGCAGAGGGGCAUCGGCACCGCCUACAAGGGGUUCGUCAGGAUCCCCAAGCCCACCGGGGUGAAGAAGGGCUGGCAGCGAGCGUACGCCGUGGUGUGCGACUGUAAGCUCUUCCUGUAUGAGGUGCCCGAGGGCAAGUCCACCCAGCCGGGCGUGGUGGCCAGUCAGGUCCUGGACCUCAGAGAUGAGGAGUUUUCUGUCAACUCUGUCCUGGCCUCCGACGUCAUCCACGCCACCCGCAAAGACGUCCCCUGCAUUUUUAGGGUGACGUCGUCCCUGCUGAGCUCGCCGGCGCGGGCCGUGUCGCUGCUGGUGCUGGCGGAGAGCGAGGCGGAGAAGAGGAAGUGGGUGGGCAUCCUGGAGGGCCUGCAGAACAUCCUGGCCAAGAACCGGCUGAAGAACCGCGUGGUGCACGCCCUGCACGAGGCCUACGACUCCUCGCUGCCCGCCAUCAAGACCACGCUGUCGGCCGCCGUCGUGGAUCGGGAGCGCAUCGCCCUAGGCACAGAGGAGGGCCUGUUUGUAGUGGAGGUCACCAGAGAUGUGAUCGUACGGGCGGGGGACAGCAAGAAGGUGCACCAGAUCGAGCUCAUCCCCAAAGAGAAGAUGGUGGCCCUGCUCUGCGGCCGCAACCGCCACGUCCACCUGCACCCCUGGGGCGUGCUGGAGGGCGCAGAGGGGGCCUUCGACAUCAAGCUGACGGAGACCAAGGGCUGCCAGGCCCUCAUCACGGGGACCCUGCGCCCCGGGGGCCCCGCCUGCAUGCUGGCCGCCGUCAAACGCCAGGUGCUGUGCUACGAGAUCACGCGCGCCAAGCCGCACCACCGCAAGCUGUGGGAGGUGCAGGCCCCCGGCGUGGCCCAGUGGCUGGGCAUGGUGCGCGAGCGCCUGUGCGUGGGCUACCCGUCCGGCUUCGCCCUGCUGGCGCUGCAGGGGGAGUCGUCCCCCGUCAGCCUGGUGAGCCCCGGCGACCCGUCGCUGGCCUUCCUGGCCCAGCAGCCCCUGGACGCGCUGCACGCCCUGGAGGUGGGCUCGGCCGAGCUGCUGCUCUGCUUCAGCCAGCUGGGGAUCUACGUGGACCCGCAGGGCCGGCGCUCCCGGGCCCAGGAGCUCAUGUGGCCCGCCACGCCGCUCGCCUGCAGUUCCAACUCCUCCUACCUCACGGUGUACAGUGAGUACGGAGUGGACGUGUUCGAUAUCCACACCACCGAGUGGGUCCAGACCAUCUCACUGAGAAGGAUAAGGCCUUUGAAUAUGGAGGGCACUUUAAACCUGCUGGGCUGUGAGCAACCUCGCCUCAUCUACUUCAGUAACGACUUAUCAGAAGGAGACCUGGCCAUCCCUGAGACGUCGGAGAACAGUAAGAAGCUGAUGGUCCGCACGCGCAGCAAGAGGAAGUUCCUCUUCAAAGUGCCCGAGGAGGAGAGGCUGCAGCAGAGGAGGGAGAUGCUGAGGGACCCUGAGCUGAGGUCCAAGAUGAUCUCCAACCCGAUCAACUUCAACCACGUAGCGCACAUGGGCCCUGGCGACGGCAUGCAGGUUCUCAUGGAUCUGCCUCUGGCGAGCGAGGCCGCCACCACCCCCUCCCCUUCCUCCUCCCGCCACCACGCCCUGAUCUCCCCGCCAAUCAACUUCGAGCACGUCUAUCACAUGAGCCCCGUGUCGGCGGGCCUCUACCUGCAGAAAGAGCCCACCUCCAUCUCCGCCUCGCAGCAGAGCCUGCCUCAGCUCUCCUCCUCCUCCUCCUCUCCCUCCACCUCCUCCCUGGGAAGGAGCGUGCUGCAUUCCCAGGACGACGCGGCCAAAGACAAGCCCCGCCCGCUCUCCAGUAUCUCCCGGCAACAGAGGAGCAAGACCCACAUCACCCGCACAGCCUCCGACUUUGGAGGCGCCGGGUCGUCUCGGAACAUCUCCGACCCCGACCAGGACUAUGAGAGAGAGCCUGACUCGGACUCCACAAAGCACUCCACCCCCUCCAACAGCUCCAACCCCAGCAGCCCCCCCAGCCCCAACUCCCCCCACCGCAGCCGGCUGACCCUGGACGGCCUGGAGCACACGCUGGACGGCUGAGACCUCCGCUGCCCCCCCCUCCCUCCCCCUCCUCCACCACCUCCUCCUGCCCUUCCUCCUCUUAACACCCAGAGAAGUCCCCACGCCAACCUCACACACACACACACUAACAGAAGAUGCAUACGCAUAUUUAACCACAUGCACCUCCACUUGACUAGAAAUGAUUUGUUUAAAAGUGCCAAGAUCAAGACUUUGAGAACCUCCCCAUGCACCCCCCUCGUCCUCCCUUUUUGACUCGAUUGGAUGAUUUUAGGGUUGUACCCCCUCUUUCCGUGUUCACCUGCUUCCUUCCUAUGCAGGGGGAGUGUGUUAUUAAUAUAUGGCACUAUGAGCAUUCAUGACAUUACCCCCCCUCCCCCUCCCCUGUCUUCAGCCAACUGCCUGCCCAAACAACCCACUAAUUCAUACACACACACACACAUCUCCAGGCCUAAUGAUGGAGGACCAACACCUCUUGCGACUGACCCAGAACUCCUUUCUCCACCUCCUAAUUUCAUGAUGGGUUUCAGUGUGUCGUCGCCGGACCCACGAUUUCACUUUCCAUCCUCCUCCCCCCCCCAGCUGUUGUUGUACCUGUGUGCUUGGGCUUCUGGUGUGAGAACAAUGACAUGGGAUCCUGGAGGUAUAUGACUGGGGGUGUCCAGAGGCCUGGGUGGGGACUACUCUCUGAGCAGCCAAUGGGGAAGCUUCCUUGUGUGACGAGCAGCAGCUUUGGCAAAUGAGGAAUGACGGCCUCCUUCUGUGGGCGAGGAAUAUUUCUUAGCUAACAGGGUAAAAAAAAACAGCCCUUGUGUUGAAACGCAGUAGUUUUUUUUGGUUUGUUUUCACUUCAGGCCAUUCAUUUGUUUUCCCUCAAGUUUUUAAGGUUCCUUGCUUAGUUUAAGUUAAUACAGAGCUGUGAUAAGCUGAGGUUAUUCAUGGAUCACUGACUAUGGGACACUCACAGAAAGAAAAAAAAUCAUUAUGAAUGAUCUUGAUCAUAGGUUUAAGUUUGUAUUUCUAUAAAUAAUUAAGGAGAAAUCCGAGGGAAUAAUAACUUGUUUUGUUUUUAAUGCGUAUAGUAUUUUGAUGGAGAUGUUCAACUCUAUUAGAGGGACACAAACAGAACUGUACAAAAAAAAGAUGGACCCACUUCAAGGACUACAAAUCCCUACUUCCUCACUACCCCCUGCCCCUGCUGUUUGAGGGUUGUAACCCUGUCAGCUGUUCUUGGACCACAUUAUCAGACCAGUACCCUGGAGUUGCCACCUAAAAGACUGUAGGGGUUUAAAGCCAAACCAGUGAGCUUAUUUUACUGCUAUUAUACACUUCCUCCACCAGCCUUUGUAAUAUUAAUUCAUUCAUUCAUGCUUUUAACUUAGAUAUUUGCCAGAAAAUUAUGUAUAGUCGGUGAGACAAUUCACCAUCACUGAGAAACUGAGAAAAAAAAAAGAAAAAAAAUUACAAAAAUCAAGAGACUGCAAUGUAUUAAUAUCUCGAUUGUGCGUUUUAACUCAGAAGAAAAAAUGGAGAGAAUCUAAGAACGGCUGUUUAAGAAAAAGAAAAAAAGAAGAAAAAAAACAAAACAAGGACUACGUUACUCAUAGGAUUUUAAAUAAGAGUCCUCCACAAGCUGCUGCUUUUGUGUGCUAUGUUUAAAGAAGACAAAAAAGCUAGGUAUGCGUGACGACCCGCUUACUAUAGAGAGAACCCUCUGGAACUAGGCUGCCCCCCUCCCCUGUAUGUUUAACUGUUCAAUCAUGAGUGCGAGGCAUUUCACAUGCGUCCUGUUGUAGAGCUGUAUCGCCUCAAGAGGGAGUGUGUGAAUAGGUGUUUUUUCCUCCCUCUGGAGUGUGGGACGUGUCACUGUACAGAAGUGUGACAUACAGGCAUGUGUGACAUACAGGCAUGUGUGACAUCAUAUCCGCUUAUCUCUCGAGUGUGCCUUCAGUGCCCUUUUGUUCAUUUUUGGAUUUGUUUUUUUGGUUUUACAGAAUCCACUUACAUACUGAAGCGACUUGUUUUUGUUUACUCUGCAGGCUGAGGGGCUCACAGAGACAUGGUUUUUCUUUUCUUUCAGAAACACUGUAUUCAACUUGCACAUUGUUUUAGUCCAAGGAAAUCCUCAUGAUUUUUGUGUCAGUGAUAUUUCUUGUUCCCUUUUUAUUUGAUUUCGUAUGAGUCCCCACCUCCGACUCCCAAUGCUCUACUUCCCCUCCCGGCCUCCCAGGACUUUUGUUUUCAAGCCCUGCUCUCUGAAGAAGAGACUUUAUCCUCAAAAACACUACUGCUUUUUUUCUCUUAAAAAAAAAAAAAAUCACCAGUUGAAAUCUUUGUAAUUAUUGAAUUGUUAGCAACAAAAAUUUGAACAGACAAUAAAAGAGUAUCUGUUGUG